CGGAGUUUCUGAGUUUUAACUGGGAGCUAAGUGGUACGUACUUACUGUACAAUAACGAAUACAUACACUACGCAUGGGGUUUUAUAUGAAAAAUAGACUUUUCUUGUUUUGCAUACAGUGCAAUGGUACAGGAUUAUAAACCAGCAACAGCCUUUCUCAGAUGGGAGUCUAGCAGCGUCCGAGGGUAACACGGCCAGGGGUUUCUCGAGCACUGCAGCAGCAGCUGGGAUGUUGCGACAGAACAACAACAGCGGUGGCAACAAGCUCUCUCUGGGCAUUACACAGCUCUCCAACUCUCACUAUUUCCCCCUGACGGCCACCACCAGUUCCCGGGGCAUGGGCCACAGCACCAAGAGCAACUCCCUCAGUAGCAUCAGCUUGAGCUCGGACUGCCAGGACAGCCCCGGUGUGGAUCCCGAUUACAUCAUUCAACUGGCCAACGACGUCCGCAGGUUUGCAGAUGUGCUCCUGCAUCUCAAAGAGGCCUUUCAUGCUGAAGAAAAUCAAGACUGUUUACAUCAAGUGGUUCACGAGAGGCUCGGCAAUCUGCUUCAAGUCCUGAAGGCCGUCAUCAGCAAACACCAGACACUCAACUCGGUAGACAUCCUCGGGGCAGCAGGAACCGUCAUUGCCAAAGUGAAAAGUGUCAAUUUCAAGGAAGUGAAUGAAGACAACAAACGAGAAAUAUUUUCAUCCAUUGACACAUUGGCUUUUACCUUUGGCAAUGUAGUGUCUGAUUUCCUUAUGGGCGAUGUAGACAGCAGUUCGGCAUUGGGGCUUCCCCAGACUCGGAGAAGUCGGUCUUUUGAGAACCUCUCGGUGGAGUCGGGAGGAUUACUUGCUGAGAAGGAUGAUCUUCUGGGUCAUCUUCGUGCAGAGGAAGUUGACAGCAUGCUGCUGAAAAAUGACAGUGGGAUCGAGUCGGCCCUUCUGUACGCCAAGGCCUGGUCCAAGUAUACCAAAGAUGUUUUGGCUUGGGUGGAAAAACGGCUCAGCUUGGAUAUGGAGUGUGCAAAAAACUUUGUAAAAAUGGCUGAAUCGGCAAAAGCCCUUGUGGGUCAGCAGGAACACAUGCCAUUCCGUGAAAUUUACACCUCCGCCUUUCAAAAUGACAUUGAAUACAGCCAGCUCUUACUGCAAACAGCUACUGCUCUCCAAACAAACAAAUUCAUUCAGCCUCUUUUGGCCAGAAGGAAUGAACUAGAUAAACUACGCAAAGAAAUCAAAGAACAAUGGCAGAGAGAACAGAAGAAAAUGCAAGAAGCAGAUUCAGCUUUGAGAAAGGCCAAGCUUUUGUACGACCAGCGUCAUGAAGAAUAUGAAAAGGCCAAAUCGGCGACAAUUCGGGCAGAGGAGGAGCAGCUGGGAUUGAGUGGAGGCCUUAGUAAAGAUGGCAGCAAAGUGCUGGAGAAGAGACGGCGCUUAGAGGAAGAGGCUCUUCAGAAAGCUGAUGAAGCCAGUGAGCAACAUAAAAACUGCAAAGCAGAUUCCAGUGAGAAGAGAGUCGGUCUGGAAACUGUGAAAAGUGAAAUCUUGACACAACUCCGGGAACUGGUCUUCCAGUGUGAUCUCACUUUGAAAGCGGUGACUGUCAACUUGUUCCAGAUGCAGCAGGGGCAGGUGGUUUCUCUUCCAGUGAACUACCAGUCGCUGUGUGAAAGUGCCAAGCUGUAUGAACCUGGGCAGCGCUACUCUGAGUUUGUAAAGAGCCUGCCAAAGGAAGAAAGCAUGCUGGAGUCCUUUACUUUUGAGACACAGAUGUCCCAAACUGAAGGGCUGCAGUUUGAUAAAAGAACAAUGAACAGUGUGCAUUCCUCACAUGGAAAUCUGUCGCAGAUGUCGGUCACCUCUGGAGAUUUUCAGUCUGUUGAAGAUGCAGAUAGUCCAGUCCAAAUGCGCACAGGGAAGAUGGGAGAAACGAGAUCCAACAGCAGCACUGACAUCCAAGCACUAAGGGGGCAAGGGCCGUUCCGCGCCUGGCCGACUGGCAGUCAGGGAGGGGGGAUGUGCAGUGACUCAGAAAGUGCAGGUGGGAGCAGUGAGUCCAGAUCCAUGGACUCCCCUACCGCCAGCCCAGGAGAUUUUAAAAGAAGGCUGCCAAGAACCCCAUCCACAGGCACCAUGUCUUCGGCAGAUGACCUUGAUGAGAGAGAGCCACCUUCUCCUUCAGACAAUGGUAUAAAUGAAAUGACUUCUGAAAUGGCAAACUCCCCAGGACCCUUCCGGAAUGCGCUCCUGUCCAAGGCCGCACAAACCCACAAACUCAGAAAGCUGAGAGCUCCUUCAAAGUGCAGGGAGUGUGACAGCCUGGUGGUGUUUCAGGGGGCAGAGUGUGAGGAGUGUUCACUCGCUUGUCACAAGAAGUGCUUGGAGACCCUAGCUAUUCAGUGCGGCCACAAGAAACUGCAUGGUCGUCUUCAUCUGUUUGGGGUUGAUUUUGCUCUUGCUACCAAAAAUAACCCAGAUGGAAUACCCUUUAUAAUCAAAAAGUGCACCUCUGAAAUCGAAAACAGGGCUCUCAACAUAAAGGGUAUUUAUCGGGUAAAUGGAGCUAAAUCAAGAGUUGAGAAGCUUUGCCAAGCAUUUGAAAACGGGAAGGACUUGGUGGAGCUUUCUGAUCUGUAUCCACAUGACAUCAGCAAUGUGCUAAAACUGUACCUGCGACAGCUACCAGAGCCACUGAUUUUGUUUCGUCAUUAUAAUGAAUUUAUUGGCCUGGCCAAAGAGAGCCAGCAGGUCAUCACUGAGGAAGUAGAUGGACGAAUGAACAGCCCUGGCGCAGAGAAGCCUCACCUGAGCAUUGAGUUGAACCGAAUUAUCUUCAAAAUUCGAGACGUGUUGAGGCAGCUGCCCCGGGCCCACUACAAUACUCUGCAGUACCUCAUAGGACACCUGUGCAGAGUGGCAGAAAAACAGGAAGAAAACAAAAUGACAGCCAGCAAUCUGGGAAUCAUUUUUGGGCCCACGUUAAUCAAGCCAAGGCAGACGGAUGCCGAGGUUUCACUUUCUUCCCUUGUGGACUACCCCUACCAGGCUCGGAUUGUGGAGCUGCUCAUUUUGCACAAUGGAAAAAUCUUCGAUCUCUCUUUAAGCCCUUUGUCAGCCUCGCCUCCGGCUGGAGAGAGCUCACCAUUUGAGCGGAAAGAAACAAACUUCUCAGCAGAGGACAAAGAACAACAUCUAAAGAGGCACUCCAAGUCAUUAGUGGACAUCAAAGAACAGAGCUCUAAAGUAUAUAAAAGACAUUCUUCUAUAAUCCCAUCUACUCUUUUGAUGGAUGAAGUAAAGGAUGUGAAACACAAAACAGGUGCAAGAGAUUCUUCUGCUGCUUUGUUUGAGAUUUCUGAGAAAUUCCCAUCAGAGCCCAGUCUUCAAGAGGGACAGAAAUCGUCUUUUAGUAAGUCGAAUCACAAUGUAGCCAAAGUUCAAAUGAGACCACCACGAUCCAAACUAGCUUCUCGACCCAUUAGCAUGCCGGUUGAAAGACUAUUAAACCCUUCCCAGCUAAAUGAGAAGAAUUGCAGAAAUGUAAAUGAGCGAGACAGGAGCCCCAUGAGUGAGGAAACUUUAGACAGAACAAAGACUUGUUCUACGUACUGCCGGAAUUCUUACUAUGACACUCUGUCCCUGAGGAGAACAUGGGACAGGCAGUACAAACAUUAUAAUAUCACACCCACGACUGCCAUGAUUAUGGCAAACGUACCCAAGGAAAGUCGGCAAAAUGAUACUCUCUCUGCCUCUUCACCAGCAAGCUACAAUCUUGGGAGCACUUCUGGGAAUACUAUGCUCCCCAUAAAGCCAUACACUGCAGCCGUUAGGCCAGUACAGACAGCAAAAAAAGAGGCUAGUUCUUUCGAUGGCUGUCCUGCUUCCUCUGGCUUCAGAGCACCGAGAACCUUGCAGCCUCCUCCAGGAACUUUCUACAAACCUCCUUCUGUUAACCAAGAAAAACAAGCUGCAGAUUUAGUGCCAAAAACAUGUGCUGCAGCCACAAGUAACUCUGAGACUGGGCAGGGUGAUACUGUGAAAAACCGAAACGACUGUGACACCACAUCCAGUGUUUCAUCUGCCCAGCUGUCCUCUCCCAACUCCAGCCCUGAAGAUCUGUGCCAAAGCGAUGUCAGGCCAGUUUAUCAAAGACUGCGGCCCAGGCGCCUGCAAGAGUUAGAAAACAGGGAAGCACAUUUUGUCUAACUGUUAAUCAAAUACAUUUUUAUAUGAAUGCAGUUUUGUGCCAUAUUGUAUAUAAAACUACUUUUAUUAUCACUUGGAGAGAGUUUGCAAAAAAACUGUGAAAAUUUAGCAGUGGAAAGUGUUAAAUCUAUAAUAUAUUCCUUGAUAACUUUUGAGUUCUGUUGUUAUACAGCAGUUGGUGCUGUUGGAGAAAUAGCAGCACCUGAUUUAAAGCAGGGCGCACUUAGUUUAGAAAAUUGUGUAUUUAUUAGUUAUUUAACACAGCUGUUUUUUUUUUUUUUUGUUACCUGGAAAAAUGUAAAACUGUAAAGUUGUUACAUACUACUAUUUUCUUCUUUGUUUUCAUUGUAAACUGUAAAUUGUACAUUAUAAAAGAACAUUGUAAAGGACACAUUUAAUGUUGUAAAGUUUUAUACCCUUUUUUAAAAUGCUUUUAGCAAGCUUGGCAAGUUUCUUUAUUUUAAAGCUGUCAAUUGAUCUUUCACUUUAAUACAUUAAAGAUAAUACUGAACAAAACUCCACCAGAACAGAAUUGUUGUAUGCAGGUUUUUGUACGUUUUGAUGCCAAUGUUUGUUAAAUUUGUUAUAACUGUAUGUAUUGUCACUUUAUCUUCGUAACCAAUAUGAUGCACUUGCAGGGCCCAAUGCAUAAUAAGCAGCCUUAAGGUCGUUACAUACCAGACGCAACACAUCACUGGACGACAAGAUACUUUGCAGCAACAUGACCAUACACACCCGAAGCGACAUAGACGUGAUGCCACAGAUUGCCAGAUCUAUAGAUCUAUAAAAAAAAAAAAAAUGCUGUUGACAAGUCUAUAGGAUCAAGACGGGUACAUCAAUAUCAUGUGGAAAUCAGUGCCUUUUCUGACAGUAUUUCAAUAUGUGUGGCAAUAAGUCAUACAAACCACUCAUCAUUUUGGAUACCUGUUCAACCGGGUGGACAACAUGCAUGAAGCUGUUUUCUGAUUGCUGAAUUCCCUAGUUGUUGUGAAAUACAAAUUUCAUGUCGCCCCCGCAUCGCCUGUUGUGUGAAAAUACUCAUCAGGAGUAUAGCUUCUAGUCAUUUUGUCGCAUUGCUGCACAUUUUUGCUUGUCACUUCGUGUCUGGUGUGUAGGGGCCUUUAGUCUUCAGUUUUAGUCUAGUCAUAACUUACACAUUAAGACACCCAUAUUACAUAUGCAAUUAAUUUUCAUAACUACCAGAUUCAAUAGGUUUAAGAAAACGUAGCAAAAAUGUUUAUUGUAAUGUUGAUAAUUAUAAAAUUCAGACUACUCCGAUGGAUAAUCGGCUUUUAAUAUAAUGGAAAUGGGGCUUUUUAAUAAAAUUGUUUGCUUCUUAGUGGCCAUAAGCAUAAUUAUGUAUUUAUAUGUAAAGUAUAUAUUAUUUUAACUAAACCUUACUAAGUCCAUCACACAGUUUAUGUAAACUCUUCAUGUAUUAAAUGCUGAAGGUUUUAUUUAUAAAACCUAAACGAGUUCAUGUUGCUGAAUUAAAUCUAUUAACUUUUCUGCUUAUUUCAAACCAUUCUUGAGAAAGUUUCACUUCUUUUGUAGCUUUAGUAUAGAUGCCAGUUCAAAAACAUUAAAAGGGUCAGUAUUAUUGCAUGUUACAGUGGAAGAAUUCAAGGGGCAGGGUUU